UAAGGGAACGCCUGCAUUUUUGAUGUCAUUUAUGUUUGGACUUCAGAGGAGAAAUAUACCUAUCAUAUUUUGUUAAAAUAAGAAAAUAAACGGCUUAGUAUUAUUCAAAUAACUAUAUCACGAUGUCUCAUACAAUUUUAUUGGUUCAACCCGGUCCCAGACCAGAAACAAGAACGUAUUCUGACUACGAAAGUGUCAACGAUUGUAUGGAAGGAGUCUGCAAAAUAUACGAGGAGCAUUUAAAAAGACGAAAUCCAAAUACACCCACAAUUACAUACGACAUAUCGCAACUGUUUGACUUCGUGGAUCAGCUAGCAGAUUUAAGUUGCUUAGUAUACCAAAAGUCUACUAACACCUAUGCACCCUACAACAAAGAUUGGAUAAAAGAAAAAAUCUAUAUACUUCUACGUCAAGCGGCAGGCCAGAGCGACUAAGCAUUACUUAUUGACUUACAUUAAAAUUGUGAAUAGGUAUAGUAUUUAAAUUCAAAAUUACAUUAAAAAUUAUUUUCCUCUUUACGAUCCUGGUGCCAUAGCAUUUUAUGCCAAAUUGUGGUUACAAAUUGCUGAUGCUUUCUUUUUUAAUAAAAAAGCCAAAUGCUGUACAAUUAUAAUUGCAGACACUUCAAAUUCAUGUUACAUAUUGUAAUAUGAUAAUAUCUAAACUUAUACCAGCUUACCUAUUCACAUUUUUCAUUUAUAGAAUUGUCAAGUCUACAUAAUAUGCCCAUUAGUGAUUAUGGUAAUUUUAUUUCUAUUGAGGUUGUGCAAACUUUGAAGAGGGUUCUUUUUCUUUGAUUUUAUUUUUAAUUAUUAUAUUCUCUAUCUUCUAUCUAAUGUUGCAGUGCAGCUAUUCUAUAAAAUGUUGAUUCAAUUGAGAAUUUGAAAUUCCGAUUUAAUAUUACAUUACAAAUUACAAUAUAUUAUUUUGACUU